AUGAGCAGGAGAGUAAAGAGAAGGUAUGCCAAAAAGGGUAGAGACAGAGUGGGCUGCCAUGAGAUUGAUGACAAACUUGGUUCUCAUGAUGGAAGUGUACUUGACUGGACUAGGUUGCCCGAUGACACAGUAAUUCAGCUCUUCUCAUGCCUCAACUAUCGGGACCGUGCCAGCAUGUCAUCCACCUGCCGUGCUUGGUGGGCUCUGGGUAAAUCUCCAUGCUUGUGGCAGGACCUUGAUAUCCGGGCCCACAAAUUCGAUGCUUCGGCCGCCACUUCUCUCUCUUCCCGGUGCGAAAGCCUCCACAAAAUCCGAUUCCGUGGGCCAGAAUCGGCCAACGCCAUCAUCAACCUUCGGGCCCGGAAUUUGCGUGAGAUCAUUGGGGACAGCUGUGGUAGAUUGAAUGAUGCAUCUCUCUCCAUGCUAGCAGCCCGGCACGAGGCCCUCCAGUGCCUCACCCUCGGGCCUGACUAUUGUGAUUGGAUCACGAGCGAAGCCAUAAGAGUGGUGGCCAUUUGCUGCCCAAGGCUCAGGAAGCUCCGGGUAUCAGGGCUCCGUAAUAUGAAUGCAGUGGCAAUCAAUGCCCUUGCGAACAACUGCAACCUCUUGACAGAUGUCGGGUUCAUUGACUGCACGAAAUUGGACGAAUAUGCCCUUGGGAAUCUCAGGUCGGUCCGAUUCCUCUCGGUGGCUGGUACAGAUAAUCUGCUGUGGGACUUGGUCUUGCAGCACUGGACGAGCCUUCCGAACCUGAUUGCCCUUGAUGUUUCGGACACGGAUAUUGAUCCUUCGACUGUCACCCGUUUUAUUUCGUCCUCCGCCAGCAUGAAGGUCAUGUGCGCCCUGAAUUGCCCGUCGCUCGAGGAGGACACGAGCUUUGCCUCGAACAAGAAUCUCAAGGGAAAAGUUCUGUUGUCGGUCUUCACAGAUAUUCUCAAAGGAGUAGCUGCACUGGUCACCGAUAUCCCAAAGGGUGAUGAUGGUAAUCGUUUUCUGGACUUGAGAAACACAAAAGUUGAGGAUAAAAGAGUCCACGAGAUUUUGAAUUGGCUCGAGUUUAUGAUUUCUGUUUCACUUCCUCGUGUUUGCGAGAGUAAGUUUGCUGGUUUAGAGAAUUUCUGGCUCAACCAGGGGAUAUCCUUGUUGCUCGAUUUCAUUCAGAGCCAGCAGGAGGAAGUUCAAGAGAAGGCGGCCAUGGCCCUUGCAACUUUUGUAGUGAUUGAUGAUGAGAACGCGAGCAUUGACACUGUAAAGGCUGAGGCGGUUAUGAAAGAUGGCGGCAUACGCCAUCUCCUCAAUCUUGCCUGCUCGUGGAGGGAGGGGCUGCAAUCGGCGGCGGCUAAGGCUAUAGCGACCUUGUCAGUGAAUGCUAAUGUUGCUAAAGCUGUUGCGGAAGAAGGGGGCAUCACGAUUCUUGUAAAUCUUGCUAGGUCAGUGAACAGGUUGGUUGCUGAAGAGGCUGCUGGAGGACUUUGGAACCUCUCUGUUGGUGAAGAUCACAAGGGUGCUAUUGCAGUAGCUGGUGGAGUGAAAGCUCUGGUUGACCUUAUUUUCAAGUGGUCAGUAUCUAGUGGAAGUGAAGGAGUUUUGGAACGUGCUGCUGGGGCAUUGGCAAAUUUGGCUGCGGAUGAUAAAUGCAGCACGGAAGUUGCUUCAGCUGGUGGUGUGAAUGCCUUAGUGAAGCUGGCGAGGAAGUGCAAAUUCGAGGGAGUGCAAGAGCAGUCAGCUCGAGCAUUGGCUAAUUUGGUUGCCCAUGGGGAUAGUAAUAAUAAUAAUGAUGUAGUUGGACAAGAAGCAGGAGCAGUUGAAGCCCUUGUUCAACUUACUCAUUCCCUUCAUGAUGGUGUCAGGCAAGAAGCUGCUGGUGCAUUAUGGAAUUUAUCCUUUGAUGAUCGGAAUCGAGAAGCAAUUGCAGCAGCUGGUGGAGUUGAGGCUUUGGUUGCACUAGCACAUUCCUGUGCAAAUUCGUCUCAUGGGCUUCAGGAAAGGGCUGCAGGUGCUCUCUGGGGAUUAUCUGUCUCUGAAGCAAAUAGCAUCGCAAUUGGACAACAAGGAGGCAUAGCACCACUAGUAGCACUGGCGAAAUCUGAUGCCGAGGACGUUCACGAGACUGCAGCCGGGGCCCUUUGGAAUCUUGCUUUCAACCCGGGCAAUGCUCUUCGUAUUGUAGAAGAAGAAGGUGUGCCUGCAUUGGUUCAUCUUUGUUCCUCGUCUGUAUCAAAAAUGGCACGUUUCAUGUCUGCCUUGGCACUCGCCUACAUGUUUGACGGAAGAAUGGAUGAAAUUGCACUUGCUGGAACAUCGACUGAGGGAGAUUCUAAAGGCGUGAACAUAGACGGGCUUAGAAAAUUAGCUAUGAAAAACAUAGAUGCGUUCAUGAUGAGCUUUUCGGACCCUCAAGCGUUUGCUGCUGCUGCAGCCUCGUCAGCCCCUGCACCGUUGGUGCAAGUAAUCGAGUCGGCCCGUAUUCAAGAAGCGGGCCAUCUCAGAUGCAGUGGGUCCGAAAUUGGAAGAUUUGUUACUAUGCUGCGUAACCCUUCCCCUACGCUGAAAGGAUGUGCUGCAUUUGCUCUUCUUCAGUUUACUGUUCCUGGCGGGCGGCAUGCCGGGCUCCACGUACAGCUACUCCAGAAUUCAGGUGCCACGCGCGUGCUUCGUGUAGCGGCAGCUUCUGCAAGUGCUCCUAUUACAGCCAAAAUCUUUGCUCGAGUCGUGCUUCGCAACUUGGAGCAUCAUCAACAAGCCGAAUGUUCUGUCUGA